AGAAACCAUCGACUCUUCUCUAUUCAAUGCAAAGAAACAAACGUGUAUAUCCCAUGGAGGAAAAAGAAUGGAUGCUAUAAUUCCAAACAGAGCAUACAAUGACAAAUUCAGAACAAGAAUUAGAGAAGGAAACUGGUACCUUUUAUCAGACUUUAAGGUUGUACUUUCUACAAGGAUUUUGAGGUACUCAAAGCAUCCAUAUGAAAUUGAGUUUACCUGCAAAACGUCAAUAGACCGUGUUAGUUCUAGAUCCAGAUGGAAUUUCUUCAACGAUUACGAUUUUACAAGGAUCAAUAGUGCUAAGGCAGAGGAUAAAGAUUUUGUUGUUGAUGCAAUUGGAGUGAUUCACAGUGUUGAGCCUGUUGGAAUUCUACCAUGGGUGCCUAGACGUGGAGAAUGUGAUUUCGAGUCAAGAUACAUAACAUUCACCAUCAAGGAUACUUUGGGAAAGUUUAUGAAGUGUGUUGCAUUAGGCAAAGCUGGUGAGGAUUUUCUGUUGCAGUGGGAGAAAAGGAUAAGUCGUGUGGAAUAUAGUUAUGAGAAAAUAAUUGCUUCCUUGCGCUUUUGGAGGAUUUCUGAAUAUGAAGGUAAACCUUGCUUGCUUACAGAAGUUGGUUGUUCUAAGACUUUCAUUGAUCCUAAUUAUCCUGACUUUGACAAUAAUCACUAUAUCUCUGCAUUCUCUAUUUGUGAAGAAGAUGAACUAAAUGAGGAGGUUGUUGAGGCCAACUUCUAGAUCAGAAAUAAAGGGAGGAAUUUGCU